AAUUCUGUGGCUAUUUAUCAAACAGAAGUUGUGAUUUGUUAAACCUCAGCCCUACGAAAACGUGGAAAACGAAAAGAAAUCGAACCAACAAUUAAUUAAAAGUGCAACAAUUAAUUAGAAAACCACCAAUUAAUUAGAAAACUAAAGAAAACUCGAGCGUACAAAAUGCAGUUGAAGUGCUUGUUGCUUGCACUGACUCUUUUUAAUUUUCUGUGGCUGUUCGGGGCCAACGCUGAUGUCCAUCAGAAUAAUGGCCAGCAGAAGGUGUUGCCGGGGAAACGCCUGUCCGAUGACUUGGGAACAGAACGUGAUAAAAGUUCAGCCAAGAUGCGAAAGAUUUUCCCGCAGGCCGUUGACGAGAAAAACGGGGAGUUGCGCCUGAGACACGAGCAACAUCAUCUGCGGCAGCAGCAGCAUCUGAUGGCGUGGGAGCAGCAGUUGCAACUGCAACUGCAACAGCAUCUCCGCGAGCAGCAGCAGGAAGAGUCUCCAGAGCCAGAACCAGAGCCCGAGCCAGUGUCAGUGCCAAUGGUAGUGCGUCAUCAUCAGCAUAAAUCUCUGGCAAAUCCAAAGCCGGGAACCGCAAAGAAACCCAUUAGACAGGCUCCGAGUCUGGCCGAUGACAAGGCCAAGAUUUUGGUUAAGCGCAGACUCCACUACAAUGAGUACGAUAACGAUGAUCUCGAGUUGCACACCAUGGAUUCGGCCGAGGAGGGGACGCCUCUCCCCCGGGAAUGGCGGCGAAUCGAAAUUGCACAUCGGCGGCAGAAGGAGCAACAUCAAUUGCAGCUGCUGGCGGAGCGACAACAGCAGCGACAACUGCUGACAACAACAACAACAACGAGGACAACGACAACAACGGAACCCAAUAAUGCCCAAUCGGAGGAUAAUGAUGUGAGUGCAUCCAAGGGGACUCGAUUUAAUGGGUUAAAGCCAAAGCAAGCU